AUCACGCAGGCUCGCCAUUUUUGCUUGCGCUUGUCUUUGUACACCGCUCUCUGCAAAGAGAUUCGGGGCGAUUUACUGACUCGCCUUGCACGGGUUUUUUUUUUUUUUUUUUUUUUUUUUUGUAUAUAUAACAAAACAAUGCAAGGAAACAGGGGUCCUCACCAGAACCACGGUCCCAACCGUCAAUCUGGCCAGGGAGACCAGAAGAAACAUGGAGGCAAUACGAACGGCGAGGAGCCGAGCGACUCUACUAGCCGCCCGAACGAGGCCUUAACGCUGGACUUGCAAAGCUUCAGGAAGCCCGGUGAGAAAACCUUCACCCAGCGCAGCAGGCUCUUCGUAGGAAACCUGCCUACCGGAGUCAUGGAGGACGACAUUGAAAAGCUGUUCGCAAAAUACGGCAAGGCCACCGAGAUUUUUGUCAACAAGGACAGAGGCUUCGGCUUCAUCCGCCUGGAGACCAGAAUCAUCGCCGAGAUCGCCAGAGCCGAGCUCGACGAUACCCCGUUCAGAGGUAGACCCAUCCGCGUUCGCUUCGCAACUCACGGCGCCGCUCUGGCGAUCAAGAAUCUGCCGGAGUUUGUGUCCAACGAGCUGCUGGAGGAGGCCUUCUCCGUGUUCGGGCAGAUCGAGCGAGCCGUCAUCAUCGUGGACGACCGAGGGAGGCCCACCGGGAAGGGGAUCGUGGAAUUCACCUCCAAGCCGGCGGCCAGAAAGGCUCUGGACAAAUGCAACGACGGCGCCUAUCUGCUCACCGCCUUCCCUCGCCCCAUCAUCGUGGAGCCCAUGGAGCAGCUGGACGACGAGGAGGGGCUGUCGGAAAAGCUCAUCACCAAAAACCAGCAGUACCACAAAGAGCGCGAGCAGCCGCCGCGCUUCGCUCAGCCGGGCUCCUUCGAGUACGAGUACGCCAUGCGCUGGAAGGCCCUCAUGGAGAUGGAGAAGCAGCAGUACGAGAUGGUGGACCGCAACAUGAAGGAGGCCCAGGAGAAGCUGGAGGCCGAGAUGGAGGCGGCCCGUCACGAGCAUCAGGUGAUGCUGAUGAGGCAAGACCUGCUGAGGCGGCAGGAGGAGCUGCGCAGGAUGGAGGAGCUCCACAGCCAGGAGGUGCAGAAGCGCAAGCAGGCCGAGCUCCGGCAAGAGGAGGAACGCCGGCGGAGGGAGGAGGAGAUGCGCAUGCGUAACGAGGAGAUGAUGAAGCGCCAGCAGGAGGGCUUCAGGGGCGGCUUCCAGCCCGAGAGCAGGGAGCAAGACAUGAGGAUGCACUUGGCCUCCUCCGGCAUGGCGGCCGACAACGCCGCUCUCAUGGCGGGCCCGGGCGGCGCCGGCUUGCCGGGAGGCCAGGGCGGCUUCCCCAGGGGCCUCCCCGGACCCGGGGACUACGUACCAAACAAGCAGCGCAGAUUUUAAAUGCUACAUUUGCGUACUCGGCCGGAUUGGUUUUCGGAGUUCACGGAGAGCGAGCGUUACCUUUGUUCUUGAAAAAGUGGCACGUGUCUUCAUUUUUCCUUAUCUUCUUCUGUUGAAUUAGCAUCGUUAAAGAAGUCAUUACUCCAAACUUCUCCAUUGAGCCAUGUGUUUUACUUCUCACUUUUUCAUAUGGAUACUAAAAGAUGUUUGUCUGAAAUGUGUUGUUUUCUUUAAUAAAUUCUGCAAAAACAUC